AUGGCACAACCUCGAGGAGAACAGCAAAGCGAUACUUCAUCUGGUAGCACUGCGUCAGUCUCUCGCAAUGCCACUGUCAAGGAAGCAGAAAGCUCGUUGUCCUUAGCCGUGUCUGAUACUGAUAGCCAUGAAUCUCAAGCUGCUUCAGCAGAGGAUGCGAUGACGAGCGAUUAA